GUGUCUAUGAUCGAAGAUGCCUCCCAAACCUCUCCCGAUAUAUACAGCUUCUCUGUUAAAUACGUUUAUCAAGUUGAAGAGUUUAUGUAUGAAAUAGCAAGAAUAUGGGAAACUCUUUGAGCUCUCCUAUGGGCCUUAGGAUGGAGGACCCUACAGUUAAGGCUCAGCUCUUCAUGUGGUCAAGUAAUAACGUAAGAGUCGGCAUCGAGUUCGAGAGGAAAAGAGAAAACAAUGGCUUUCUCGCGUUUGGCCCGACUAAAAUUGAAGUAUCUACUGGGAGUUUCAUCGUACAGAGACAAGAACCUGGGAAUUAUUUUUGGCAGUACCAAGAUCAAUUUCGACACAGAUUAGAUCAGUUAUGGUUGUGUAGAAUACCAAAUGGAGCAUGGGACAUUCAUUUCAAAACACGGUGUGAUGGGAUGAAUUCAGUUCUUACUUAUUUUAUUCGCAUACUAUGGAGUCCUUUGAAAGGCCUUGAUGUGAAUCUUUCUUUCCCACACUUUGAAUAUGUUGAUUCCCGUUUUAAACGACCAUUUGCUUUGUGUCACUUUGAUCUUGUAUCUGGAAUGCCUCCACAUGAUGUUUUAAAACAAGUAAAUGUUGUACCUUCGGGUACAUCCAAUAAAAUUGGAAAACAGGCAAAUGUUAAGCAAAGUGAGUUGAAAGAAGAGAAGCAAGGCAACAAUGAUGGGUCUUCUCCAACAUCAACACAAAACAACACUAUUGUGAACUCAGGAACAUCUCUAGGUAUUUUGAAUGGCUCUAAUGUCAAUCUCAAUAUUACUAUAUAGGAGGCGAUUACUGUGUCCCUUAUUUUAGAUUUGUUUUUAAGUAAGUUUUAAUCUUACUGUAAGCUUAUGAUUUGUCUGGAAAUUGUAUGAAGAAAACAUUCAUGUUAGAUUAUCUUAGAACAAUCAGAUGGAUCUUAUUGUAAUCUAUAUCUAUGAAACGUCGCAUUCAUCUAUGUAUGAUCAGUCUGAAUGGAAAUAUGGAGAAAACAAUGAUAUUAGAUUAUCUAUAUAUGAACAAACGUGUGGAACACAUUGAAAACA